UGGAACCACGGAAUCUCAGGCAUGUUGAGGAAGUGGAGAAGGCGGUCAUCUCUAAGGAGAGGGGCAUGGGGAGCUGGAGGGAGAGGAUUUCCACGCAAUUCCUGGACCUCCAAGUCAAUCAAUGACCCAGAUGAGGAACCUGUAGCCUUUGUUGUCUUGAUUGAUAUUAUGCAGAACCAAUUUGAAGACAGUGGCAUACCAAGCCAAACUGCUGCUCCCCGUGAGCCUUGGAAGUCCCCAUUUAGGAGAAUUAUGGAUUGUUUUGUAAGAUGCUUUGGGAGAAAUUCCAUGUCCUGAGACCAUGCAUGCUGCAAACACAGAGCCAUGAAUGGAUAUAAAGACCCCAUCCACGGCAACAUUUCCCCCUUUGUUGUAACUCUGUUGAUUGUUUUAUAAUAAAUGCUUGGACGCUUGA